ACCAUUGCAGUUUAAGCAUUCCAUUUCAAAAGGUGUGUUGUCUCGUCUGGGUUCAGCCAUUGGACAAGCUAGAGGACUAGAACACCAUAAAAGUUUGUCCAAGCGAUCCAGUCCGAUUCGUGAAGUGAAGUGUCUGGCGUGCAUUGACGAUCGUUAAUAGUAAACUAUUGUUGUUCGAUUGCUACUGGAGCAGAUCACCUAUGCGCUACUCGUGUGAAUUGCCUUAGACUUUUUUUAACCACGCAGAUUCCCGUUUUAUUUGCUAAAUUUAGACCAAAAAAAGUUUUCGUCGUUUUUUGCCAGAAUUUUAUUACGAUAAACCAUUUGUCAAAUCAAUUUUGAUUCCCAUCGGCAAGUGUUACAGAUUUACGGUUUUCACCACGGAACACAUUAUUCAUGCAAACAAAAUGUAUGUAUGUAUGUAUGUAUGGCUACCCGUGUAGGCGAUUGUAUGGUUAGGUAGAGCGUGUCUUACAAACAAAACAUGGAACCAUCUACGAAAAAACAAAAAACCACUCAUGAGUAUAACAGAGUAAAGGCAAACAAUGAGCCAAUGCCGUCAUCCAGCAAAACAACAACACCAUCCAAAACUAACGACGAUCAGGAUUUAUCUUCCAAGCAAGACAAACAAAUCAUGGAGCCAUCUGCAAAAAAACGAAAAGAGGCUUCUGAUUGUAACACAGCAGUGGAAAAAAAUGAGCUAUUACCAUCAUCCAGUAAAACAGCCACAUCUUCCCAAUAUAACGAUGAUGAGGAUUCUUCUUCCAACCAAGAUAAACCAAACAUGCCUGCUCAAGCGGAACAACAGAAAAUGGUAAACCAAUCUGAAAAUAUCGCUGCUAAUAAUUCUUCAUAUCAUGGUAUGUUUUACCACUUACAACUGGGAAUGAUUAUACUGCUUCGAGCUUUCAGUCUACACUGUGUACGUAAAUUAUCAAAAUUUGAAAUCACCAUGGAAAACAUAGAAGGCGGCAAAUUCGACGACAUAGUUUUGUACUACGAAAAUGCAAUCGUGUUCAAAGGUACUGUUUACAUUCAAGCUAAACAUAAAGAUCCAGUGGGGGAGUUGAAGCCAAUUACUAAAAAUGAGUUACUUAACGGACCUAACACAAAAGGUCCCUUUUCAAUUCCUAUCUACUUUGUGUCAUACCUUGCACACUAUCCAAAACGCAAGGAUGUAGAUACUUUGGGAGUUUCCCAUAAAUACAUUCUGUGUACCAACGCACCACUGAGUGAUGAUGUUACGUUCAUGUUACCAUUAGCACAGCCACGCACUGAUGGCAUCUUUCUUUUGUUCGACAGAAUUGGUGGAAAUUUUUAUGCUAUUAACCAAGCUAACAAUAAUGUAAAACAUGAGCUAAGAAAAGUUAGUUUGGAAGCGUUAGGAAAAACACUAGCUUCUUACAUUAAAAAUGGCAAAGAAGUUAGUGGAGACGAUUAUUACAUUUUACAACUGUAUAGCAAUUUGAUUGCAUCUUGUGUAGAAAAAGUCAACCCAGGCAUAUACAAGUUUACUGAAAAGCCCCAAACUACUGUUGGUACAGAACUUAUUAGGAUAGUUAAGAAUUUGUUAUUGAAUACAAAAAAUAACAAAUCAAAAGUACAGAAAGAGAACAAAGAAGCGGAAAACAUUUUGAUAGCAAGCAGUUUUGAGGAACUCUUGUCAAACACACGAGACGAAGAGCCGUAUGCAAAAGUUGACCUCAUUAUCCAAAAGUUCUGUGACGAGAUUCUGCUAGUAUGUGGCACUAAAAAUGACAAACAGCUUCUGGAACAAGCACCCGACAUGAUGCCAGACUGGGUAAAUGCUAAGAAGGAUAAGUUUGAAAAUUUUUCCUACAUGCUUCUUAAGGCUCUGAGAGAAAAUCCAGUUGAUGAUAUAAAUUUGGAAAAUAUAAAAAAAAAGUUCAUAGAGCUUAAAGUAAACGAUUAUUACUGUGAGAUUGAAAAGUUUACACAGCAGUAUUUAGACAGCAAAAACAAUAUGUAUUCAAUCAUUACUUUAGAACCGAGCUCUCUCCAAACUCUUGAAUUGUAUGACUUUGUUAAUGAGUUAUCUUAUAGAAUUUAUCGAUAUCGUAACUCAGCUAACAUGAAAAUGAGUUCAGUAAUUGUAAAACAAACGGCAGAGCUACUUGGCUACAGCUGUCUAAUUGUAGACUGCUCAGACGGUCAAUCGAAAGGCAACUUGUGUACUGUCCUUUCUGAUGUGAUGAAGUUUAUUUAUGACGUAGGUCUAUCUUCUCGCACUAUCAUAACUAUUCUUGGAAAAUUGGAAAACGAACUUAUUACCACUAUUAAGAAAUAUUCUAGAGAUAGUGAAACGAAAGUCAUCGUUGUUGAACAAAUUGCAGAAGACGAUUCGUCCGAAGAUUGCUUACUUGUUGAACACCUUACAACGGAGUUAAGAGAACAGUUAUACGAGCAAUAUAAACAGUUGCAUCUUUUUGGAACGUCAAUCGCUCUCAAGCAGAUUGUGCGAGAAAAGGAUUCGUUGAGCUUUUUAUGUAAAGUGUUGGACAGAUAUGGUCAUAAGAAGGAUGAAAACACAAAUGAAAAGAGCUUUCAAACUAUCAGUUCAUGGUAUAUUUCACGCACUGUACAACCUUAUGAUUAUCUAUAUGGCAGUUACUUUGACAUGGUUUCUUUUGGUAAUAAAUUGCUAUUUGACAGUUCAAUCAAGCCCUCGAGGGAAACACUUGUAAGAAUGAAAAACAUCAUUGAUUCAAACAAUGAAUCCAUCUGCUCGUUGACUUCCAAGUUUCGUGAUCAAUCCAAAGUUCGCAUCGUUCUGGAUGACGCUGGGUGUGGUAAAACCACCUUUUUCGUAAGACUUGCGUUGGACUUAUCACGAAACGAUCCUUCUUUGUGUGUGAUUCGGAUGACUUCUUUGAACUAUGUUGUUGAUUUCAAUGAAUUGAAAACAUCUGACUUUAUAUCAAUGGAUGAUACAACGCUUAUCAGGAUCCUAUUUCGUCUUUUUCACCUAACUCUAUUUACAACAACUGCAAACAGUCAAUCCGUUAAAAACAUAAAUGAAAUUAGAAAGCAGUCCGAACAAAUGGAAAAACUUCUAACAGUUUCAAAUGGAAAUGUGGUGCUCGAUGAUGGCAAAGCAAACAAAUCGCCCUGGGCUAUAGAACAAAUGCUUCAGUUGAGAUUAUUUAAGGAAAAGCUCAACGCUAAACAAUUUAUUAUCCUAUUUGAUGGGUUUGAUGAAAUUGCGCCUACUUAUAAAGAAUUUGUGAUGGCGUAUUUGGGCAAACUUGCUACUUUCUCUGGAAUUAAAGAGUUGUAUCUUUCCUCUCGACCAUACAAUUUCAUGGAUGAUUUAAAGAAAACCUUCAAAAACAGCACCAUAUACCGACUAUGCCCGUUUUCACAGGAAGAUCAAAUAAAGUUCAUGUACAAUUAUCUUAGUUGUAACUCAACUGUUUGGAAGGAAUGCAACGAGAUUGACCGUUACCGGCUGUUGUAUGUGAUGUACAGACAAGGUGAACAUUGUAUGAACGAUCUAAUGCAUAUACCUUUAUUUCUUGACAUGGGAUGUUCAAUGCUUCUACCAAUACUUGAGGAGAGUGUCGAUUUAUCACAACGAACCGUGAACGCAACGAAAUUGGAUCUGGAGCACUUUGAUAAAUUUCAUAUAUUAACAAAUUUUGUAGAACAAAAGCUACGAAUAUUGAACACCGAUAAAUGUGGCACAACUGACUCAGCGUCACUUAUUCCUGCUCUGCAACAUCAAACUUUGUCAGUCAACAAGGAGCGCAAACAAAAACUAGGGCUACUAGCCAUUCUUGUCAUAUUUGAUGAAGAGAAAAGGGAAGAUAUGUUAACACAACAAGAUAAAUUUAAUGCAUCUUCAUACAUUCAAGAAAUAACUCAGGGAAAAGAAAAGACUGGAAUUGUCUUAGGUGUCCAAGAUGACAUUCCUCAGUUUUGUCAUAGAAUAUUUGCGGAGUACUUUGCAGCUUGUUGGCUGUUCGAUCACAAAGAUCGAUUCAAGAAAGUAUCCUUUUUCCGAUCGACAUCAUACUGGACGGAAAAUUUGAUUCUAAUGCGAAACUAUUUCGAUAGAAUGGUUUUACGGGAAAGUCAUGGAUGUGAACUACACACGGCUAUACUCAAUCGAUCCGUACAAGAGGAUCGUGAUAUACUUUACAAUAAUCCUGCUGCUAUCAACCAGAAAGAUGCUUUAGGACGCUUACCAUUACACUUGGCUGCAGUGGAUGAAGAAGUAGAUGUCAUUGACAAGUUGUUGGAAAAGAUGUCGUCAGAUUCAAUCAAUGUGAAAGACGAACUGUUCGGUUGGAGUGCUUUAGAUUAUGCUUUUGUCCAUCAUCAUAAGCGCUUCAUCAACACUCUUUUAAAGCAUCAAGCGACAGUUGAUGAGAAUACCUUGUUUGACCAAACAGUUGCAAACAAUUUGAGGAGUUUAUUGGAUCAUGCACAUUUAUGUGGCAAAUGUUUAGAGGCUCAUGAACAUACCGAAAUGACCGCGGAAAGCUUUUACCGAAGAGUGGUAGAGUAUAUUUUGAGUGAAAGACGGCUUGAUAUUUUUGAAGAUCGAUAUGAGCUGGAUAAAUCAUCGGUUUUGGAAUUUACAGUCAAAAACGAAAUGCAUGGAUUGCUAAAACAAAUGGUCAAUUCAAACAAAUUACAAUCAAGAGAAAAGAUUCUGCAUGGGAAACUAAAAAAUUUGAUAGAUAUAAUAAUCAGCAACAACGAUUUCGAUGGUGCAAAGCUGAUUGUGAACGAAAUGAGUUCGCUUCCGAGCGAAGUUGAUGAUGAAACACUAUUCGGAAUGAUUAAGUUGGCCAUUCUAAGCAAACAUACACAAGCAUUCAACCUUUUAUUUCCACAACUUUGCUCAAAACUAAAUAUUCAAAUAUGCGAAGACAUGCAAGAAGCACACUUUGAUGCUGAACUUGAUUGGGAGACUGCAUCCUUAGAUGGAAUAAUUUAUCCCUGCAGUAUUCGAAACAACGACUGGACGAUUAUGACUGAUAGAGAUGGCCGUCUUGUUGAACAGAAUGUAAUCGAAACUCUUCUUACUUGUGCAGUAUCGGUAGGAAACAUGGAGGUGCUGAAGUACAUUGUUCGAAAAACCAACACAAUCAUCCGGAACAUACAUAUUCGGAAAAUUAUGCUAUUGUUAUCGAAAUAUGGUCAUGUUUUUCAUAAGAAAUCGAUGUCUGCAUUCAAAUAUCUCCUGGAUCAAUCAUCCGAUCUAAACAGUAUCGACGAUGAAGGGAGAAAUCUUCUUCAUUGGGCCGUUAAAAACGGAUGCUUUUUCAUGUUGCCCUGCUUGAUUGCCAAAGGAUUUGAUCCGUCAGUUGCAAAUUCAGCAAACGGAUGGAAUGCAUUUCAUUAUGCUGUUUUCAAUGAGAACUUUACAACGAAUGAUUGGAAAACUAAGGCAUUGAAUUAUUUUCUGAAAACUUGUAAAAUGGAAGUGUUUGAUUUUUUGAAAAGAAUGUUUGAUCCAGACGUGUUUGGUUGCCUUGCUGUGACUGUUUCUCCUAAUCAACACAGACAAUAUAAGAAUAUUCUGAACAAACGACAGGUCUGUUUGAUGGCAAUGUUUGAUGUGUUUGAUAAUCCCACGAGAGAUAACCUUUUAACGCCCGAUGAACUACGAGACAGUGAGCAAUGCUUACAGGACAUUGCUCAGGCUUCAGAGCUCACGGGAAUAAUACAUAAAAACAAGGGCAAUAUUCAAUUCUGUCAUAGAAUAUUUGCGUACUACUUUGCAGCUUGUUGGCUAUUCGAUCACAAGGAUCAAUGCAAGAAAGUAUCCUUUUUCCAAUCGACAUCAUACUGGAAGGACGAUUUUCUUCUAAUGCAAUACUAUUUCGAUAGAAUGGUUUUACGGGAAAGUCAUGGAUGUGAACUACACACGGCUAUACUCAAUCAAUCUGAACAACAGGUACGUGAUAUACUUUCAAAUAAUCCUGCUGCUAUCAACCAGAAAGAUGCGGUUGGACGCUUACCAUUACACUUGGCUGCUGUGGAUAAAGGAGUAGAUGUCAUUGACCAGUUGUUGAAAAAGAUGUCUGCAAGUUCAAUCAAUGUGAAAGAUGAACUGUUCGGUUGGAGUGCCUUAGAUUAUGCUUUUGCCUAUCAUCAUGAGAGCUUCAUCAACACUCUUUUAAAGCAUCAGGCGACAGUUGAUGAGAAUACCUUGUUUGAACAAACAGUUGCAAACGAUUUGAGGAGUUUAUUGGAUCAUGCACAUUUAUGUGGAAAAUGUUUAGAGGCUCAUGGACAUACCAAACUGACCGCGGAAAGCUUUCACCGAAGAGUGGUAGAGUAUUUGGUUGACGAAAAACGUCUUGACAUAUUUGCGCCCCUGGAUGAUCUGAAGCACUCAUCAGUUGUGAAGUCAAUCCUGGAACGGAAUAUGUUUGGAUUGUUCGAACAAAUUGUAUACGAAUCCCGAGCAAAGAUUCCAGAAUAUAAAUUCAUUGAGCUGUUUCAAGAAGCGUGUAAUAAUCGAGCAUUCGAUAUUGCAAUGAUCAUAGUGAGUGAGUUUAAAGUUGCUCUUCCGAAAGUAGUUGCGAAUGAAACAAUCAUUGAGAUUGUUAAAUGUGCCAUUAAAAGAACAAAUAUGAAAGCGUUUAUAGAACUCUUUCGACAGCUAUGCUUGGAACAAAAUAUUCACACAGUGGAAGACAUGGAAGACAUGCACUGUGAUGCUGAAGUUGAUUGUGACGUUCCAUCCAUGAAUGCGAAUGAGUAUCCAUAUACCUGCUGUAUUCGAAACAACGACUGGACGAUUAUGACUGAUAGAGAUGGCCGUCUCGUUGAACAGAAUGUAAUCGAAACUCUUCUUACUUGUGCAGUAUCGGUAGGAAACAUGGAGGUGCUGAAGUACAUUGUUCGAAAAACCAACACAGUCAUCCGGAACGAGAUUAUUCGGAACAUUAUGCGAUUGUUACCGAAAUAUGAGGAUGUUUUGCAUAAGAAAUCGAUGUCUGCAUUCAAAUAUCUCCUGGAUCAAUCAUCCGAUCUAAACAGUAUCGACGAUGAAGGGAGAAAUCUUCUUCAUUGGACCGUUAAAAACGGAUGCUUUUUCAUGUUGCCCUGCUUGAUUGCCAAAGGAUUUGAUCCGUCAGUUGCAAAUUCAGCAAACGGAUGGAAAGCAUUUCAUUACGCAGCCUUCAAUGAGAACUUUACAACAGAUGAUAGGAAAACUGAUGCAUUUAAUUAUUUUCUGAAAACUUGUAAAAUGGAAGAGUUUGAUGUUUUGAAAAGAAUGUUUGAUCCAGACGUGUUUGGUUGCCUUGCUGUGACUUUUUCUCCUAAUCAACACAGACAAUAUAAGAAUAUUCUGAACAAACGACAGGUCUGUUUGAUGACAAUGUUUGAUGUGUUUGAUAAACCCACGAGAGAUGACAUUUUAACGCAAGAUGAACUACGGGAUGGUGAGCAAUGCUUGCAGGACAUUGUUAAGGCUUCAGAGCUCACGGGGAUAAUACAAGGAGUUCGAAAUGGUAUUCCUCAGUUUUGUCUUGGUACUUUUGAGAAAUACUUUGCAGCUUGCUGGCUAUUCGAUCACAAGGAUCGAUUCAAGAAAGUAUCCUUUUUCCGAUCGACAUCAUACUGGACGGUAAAUUUGAUUCAAAUGCGAAACUAUUUCGAUAGAAUGGUUUUACUGGAGAGUCAUGGAUGUGAUCUACACAUGGCUAUACUCAAUCGAUCCGUACAACAUGAUCGUGAUAUACUUUCCAACAAUCCUACUGCUAUCAAUCAGAAAGAUGCGGUUGGACGUUUACCAUUACACUUGGCUGCUGUGCAUAAUGGAGUAGAUGUCAUUGACCAGUUGUUGGAAGAGAUGUCUGCAAGUUCAAUCAAUGUGAAAGAUGAACUGUUCGGUUGGAGUGCCUUAGAUUAUGCUUUUGUCUAUCAUCAUAAGCGCUUCAUCAACACUCUUUUAAAGCAUCAAGCGACAGUUGAUGAGGAUGUCUUGUUUGAACAAACAGUUGCAAACGAUUUGAGGAGUUUAUUGGAUCAUGCACAUUUAUGUGGCAAAUGUUUAGAGGCUCAUGAACAUACCAAAAUGUUCGCGGAAAGCAUUCACCGAAGAGUGAUAGAGUAUUUGGUUGACGAAAAACGACUUGACAUAUUUGCGCCCCUGGAUGAUCUGAAGUACUCAUCAGUUGUGAAGUCAAUCCUGGAACGGAAUAUGUUUGGAUUGUUCGAACAAAUUGUAUUACAAUCCCGAGCAAAGUUUCCAGAACAUAAAUUCAUUGAGCUGUUUCAAGAAGCGUUUAAUAAUCGAGAAUUCGAUAUUGCAAUGAUCAUAGUGAGUGAGUGUAAAGUUGCUCUUCCAAAAGUAGUUGCGAAUGAAACAAUCAUUGAGAUUAUUAAAUGUGCCAUUAAAAGAAUAAAUAUGAAAGCGUUUAUAGAACUCUUUCGACAGCUAUGCUUGGAACAAAAUAUUCACACAGUGGAAGACAUGGAAGACAUGCACUGUGAUGCUGAAGUUGAUUGUGACGUUCCAUCCAUGAAUGCGAAUGAGUAUCCCUCUACCUGCUGUAUUCGAAACAACGAAAGGUCGCUUAUGACUGAUAGAGAUGGCCGUCUCGUUGAACAGAAUUUAAUCGAAACUCUUCUUACUUGUGCAGUAUCGGUAGGAAACAUGGAGGUGCUGAAGUACAUUGUUCGAAAAACCAACACAAUCAUCCGGAACAUACAUAUUCGGAAAAUUAUGCUAUUGUUACCGAAAUAUGGUCAUGUUUUUCAUAAGAAAUCGAUGUCUGCAUUCAAAUAUCUCCUGGAUCAAUCAUCCGAUCUAAACAGUAUCGACGAUGAAGGGAGAAAUCUUCUUCAUUGGACCGUUAAAAACGGAUGCUUUUUCAUGUUGCCCUGCUUGAUUGCCAAAGGAUUUGAUCCGUCAGUUGCAAAUUCAGCAAACGGAUGGAAUGCAUUUCAUUAUGCUGCUUUCAAUGAGAACUUUACAACGAAUGAUUGGAAAACUAAGGCAUUGAAUUAUUUUCUGAAAACUUGUAAAAUGGAAGUGUUUGAUUUUUUGAAAAGAAUGUUUGAUCCAGACGUGUUUGGUUGCCUUGCUGUGACUGUUUCUCCUAAUCAACACAGACAAUAUAAGAAUAUUCUGAACAAACGACAGGUCUGUUUGAUGGCAAUGUUUGAUGUGUUUGAUAAACCCACGAGAGAUAACCUUUUAACGCCCGAUGAACUACGAGACAGUGAGCAAUGCUUACAGGACAUUGCUCAGGCUUCAGAGCUCACGGGAAUAAUGCAUAAAAACAAGGGCAAUAUUCAAUUCUGUCAUAGAAUAUUUGCGUACUACUUUGCAGCUUGUUGGCUAUUCGAUCACAAGGAUCAAUGCAAGAAAGUAUCUUUUUUCCGAUCGACGUCAUAUUGGAAGGACGAUUUUUUUCAAAUGCGAGACUAUUUCGAUAGAAUGGUUUUACGGGAAAGUCAUGGAUGUGAACUACACAUGGCUAUACUCAAUCGAUCCGUACAACAGGUACGUGAUAUACUUUCAAAUAUUCCUGCUGCUAUCAAUCAGAAAGAUGCUUUUGGACGUUUACCAUUACACUUGGCUGCUGUGCAGAAAAAAGUAGAUGUCAUCAACUUGUUAUUGGAAAAGAUGUGUGUAAGUUCAAUCAAUGUGAAAGAUGAACUGUUCGGUUGGAGUGCCUUAGAUUAUGCUUUUUUCUAUCAUCAUGAGAGCUUCAUCAACACUCUUUUAAAGCAUCAGGCGGUGGUUGAUGAGAAUACCUUGUUUGAACAAACAGUUGCAAACGAUUUGAGGAGUUUAUUGGAUCAUGCACAUUUAUGUGGAAAAUGUUUAGAGGCUCAUGGACAUACCAAACUGACCGCGGAAAGCUUUCACCGAAGAGUGGUAGAGUAUUUGGUUGACGAAAAACGUCUUGACAUAUUUGCGACCCUGGAUGAUCUGAAGCACUCAUCAGUUGUGAAGUCAAUCCUGAAACGGAAUAUGUUUGGAUUGUUCGAACAAAUUGUAUUACAAUCCCGAGCAAAGAUUCCAGAAUAUAAAUUCAUUGAGCUGUUUCAAGAAGCGUGUAAUAAUCGAGCAUUCGAUAUUGCAAUGAUCAUAGUGAGUGAGUGUAAAGUUGCUCUUCCGAAAGUAGUUGCGAAUGAAACAAUCAUUGAGAUUGUUAAAUGUGCCAUUAAAAGAACAAAUAUGAAAGCGUUUAUAGAACUCUUUCGACAUCUAUGCUUGGAACAAAAUAUUCACACAGUGGAAGACAUGGAAGACAUGCACUGUGAUGCUGAAGUUGAUUGUGACGUUCCAUCCAUGAAUGCGAAUGAGUAUCCAUAUACCUGCUGUAUUCGAAACAACGACUGGACGAUUAUGACUGAUAGAGAUGGCCGUCUCGUUGAACAGAAUGUAAUCGAAACUCUUCUUACUUGUGCAGUAUCGGUAGGAAACAUGGAGGUGCUGAAGUACAUUGUUCGAAAAACCAACACAAUCAUCCGGAACGAGAUUAUUCGGAACAUUAUGCUAUUGUUACCGAAAUAUGAGGAUGUUUUUCAUAAGAAAUCGAUGUCUGCAUUCAAAUAUCUCCUAGAUCAAUCAUCCGAUCUAAACAGUAUCGACGAUGAAGGGAGAAAUCUUCUUCAUUGGACCGUUAAAAACGGAUGCUUUUUCAUGUUGCCCUGCUUGAUUGCCAAAGGAUUUGAUCCGUCAGUUGCAAAUUCAGCAAACGGAUGGAAUGCAUUUCAUUAUGCUGCUUUCAAUGAGAACUUUACAACAGAUGAUUGGAAAACUAAGGCAUUUAAUUAUUUUCUGAAAACUUGUAAAAUGGAAGAGUUUGAUGUUUUGAAAAGAAUGUUUGAUCCAGACGUGUUUGGUUGCCUUGCUGUGACUUUUUCUCCUAAUCAACACAGACAAUAUAAGAAUAUUCUGAACAAACGACAGGUCUGUUUGAUGACAAUGUUUGAUGUGUUUGAUAAACCCACGAGAGAUAACCUUUUAACGACCGAUGAACUACGAGAUGGUGAGCAAUGCUUACAGGACAUUGCUCAGGCUUCAAAGCUCACGGGGAUAAUACAAGGAGUUCGAGAUGGUAUUCCUCAGUUUUGUUGUCGAAUAUUUGCGGAGUACUUUGCAGCUUGUUGGCUGUUCGAUCACAAGGAUCGAUUCAAGAAAGUAUCCUUUUUCCGAUCAGCAUCAUACUGGACGGCAAAUUUUCUUCAAAUGCGAUGCUUUUUCGAUAGAAUGGUUUUACGGGAGAGUCAUGGAUGUGAACUACACAUGGCUAUACUCAAUCGAUCUGAACAACAAGUACGGGAUAUACUUACCAACAAUCCUACUGCUAUCAACCAGAAAGAUGCUUUUGGACGUUUACCAUUACACUUGGCUGUUGUGGAUAAAGGAGUAGAUGUCAUUGACCAGUUGUCGGAAAAGAUGUCUGCAAGUUCAAUCAAUGUGAAAGAUGAACUGUUCGGUUGGAGUGCCUUAGAUUACACCUUUGCCACAGAAAAUAUUACACUUAUCAAGAAAUUUAUUCAAUGUAAUGCUACAGUAGACAAGAAUGUUUUAAGACAACAAAUAGCUUUUAACAAUUUGAAAAUGAUGUUACAUGUUACAAACCUGUAUGGAAAGUGCUUACUUGAAUGUGCAUCCACCGAACAAAUUGGAAAAGAGCUUCUCAAAGAAGUGGCAGAAAAAAUGCUGAAAGAAAGACAGUUUGACAUCUUUCUUCCUCUAAAUAAAUUGAACUCCUUUUCCAUCAUAGAGUAUUGUGCAAAAGAACACAUGUUUGAAUUAUUUAAGCAAUUUGUAUCACGCAAUCAAAUUCCGAUUGAAAAAGUGGAUAAAUUGCGGCGCAUUGCAACUGAACACAAAGCGCACGAAAUUGUUAAGUUUCUUUCGACUUUCGAAACAGCGACACAUCAAAACUGACAUAAGUUUUUUCGCAGAUAUUUUGAAUGCACGUGAGUUUGAAAUAGAAAGGAAAAAAGGAUAUAUUUUUAAAUAACGUAUGACGUAUAACAUUAUCGCAUGAUUCUUACCGUAGAAACAGUAAAAUAUUGAGCGCAAAUACGGUCAAACUGAUCAGUACAAAGCGCGAUUAUGCUACAGCGGAAAGAUAAAGUGAGGCGUAUAAGUUGAUUCUUCAAACCAACUUAACAAAACCAUCACCAACUGAAUCAUAUUGCUAACCCACAGAUGUUUAUCGAAGAGUAUAUCUAUGAUGAAAAGUCGAUAUCUGUUUUAAAUAUCUCCUGGGUUAUAAUGAUUAUAUCUACAUGGUGUCCUUCUUGACUGCAAAAAGAUUUAAAACAAUUGAUUGAGUUUGUUGGUUUUUUUACAAACUGGUCAGAAGCUUUCCGAAUCAUAUUUUAUAAUAAUUUGAAGUUUUUUUUCCUCUCUCCUUUCCUCUCAAGUAGUGGCAUGUUCGGUUCUGCAUUUGUGCAAUUUUAUUUUCUUGUUUAAGGCUUGUAAUGUCUGGCCUUACAAAAAAGAAUAGUUGUAGUUCACAGAGACUGCUCGCUCAAUUCAUGGUUUACCUUUUAAAAUUAUUUGUUAUGUUCAUUUUUACUUGUCGUUAAACAGAAAAUUUCAAGCGUUUUUGAUCAAUAAUUUCAUAGUAAAAGAUCAACAAUUUGUUUUCUAUUUAGACGAGGUACAUACAUUAUAGAUUUCUUCAUCUUUACUUUUACAUUCGAAAAAGGUAUUUAAGAAUCCUACGACUAGCAUUACCAUCAAAUCGUUACACAAUGAGUUACAGAGAUCAGACGAUAAGAGAGAUUGCAAAUGGCAUUGAUAGUAUUUAAACAACAUAACA